AUGUCAUUGUCAAAUAAUACCAGUCUCCAUCCCAGAACCUUUCUUCUCCUUGGCAUCCCAGGAAUGGAGGCCAUCCACACAUGGAUAUCAGUGCCCUUCUGCCUUGUUUAUCUGAGCGCUCUCCUGGGAAAUUUCUCUAUUCUGUUUAUUAUCAAAACGGAUUCCAACCUGCAUGAGCCCAUGUACUUAUUCCUCUGUAUGCUCUCUGUGGCUGACCUGAUCAUCUCCACUACUGCUAUGCCUAAAAUCCUCAGCAUUUUUUGGUUCCAUGACAGGAAGAUCUACUUUGAAGCCUGCCUUGUGCAAGUAUUUCUCAUUCAUUCACUAUGCAGCAUGGCCUCGGGGUUCAUCCUGGCCAUGGCCUUUGAUCGCUAUGUGGCCAUCUGCAAUCCUCUGAGACAUUCCACUCUCCUGACACACAGAGUCAUCAAGAAUUUGGGACUAGCUAUUGUCAUUCGCGGGGCUCUGCUUUUCAGUCCUCAGCCAUUCAUGCUCCGGUGGCUUCCCUACUGCAGAACUAAUGUCAUCCCUCACACGUACUGUGAAUUCAUGGCUCUGAUUAAGCUUGCUUGUGCAGAAACCAGGAUCUGCAGAAUAUACAGCCUAACUGCUGCCUUCCUGACCGGGGGGUUAGAUUUCUUAUUAAUCAUAUCCUCCUAUGUUGUCAUCCUUUACACGGUCUUCCACCUGCCAUCCAAGGCUGCUCAGCUCAAGACCCUGGGCACGUGUGGAUCCCACGUGUGUGUGAUCUUAGUGGCCUAUACUCCAGCCUUUUUCUCCUUCCUUACUCAUAGGUUUGGGCGCAAUGUGGCUCCUCAUAUUCACAUCUUUGUGGCAAACAUCUACCUCCUUGUUCCACCCAUGGUGAACCCAAUGAUCUAUGGCAUAAGAACCAAGAGAAUCAGGGAAAGGUUCCUUCAGGUUUUGACUUCUCACAAAGUCUAA